CAGCACCGACACCACAACAUGGAGAGCGUCCCGGCCAAGGGGCGGAGAGUGGUGGUGGUGUGGUCGGUGGUGGGGGCGGCGCUCCUCACCACACUCUGGACGCUGACCACAACAACCAACUACAUCACUGACACCCGCAUCAAACAGGUGGGGUCGAGGUCCACGAAGGAGCCGUGUUUAUCCCCAGAGAUGCGACGGCGCCUGGCCGCCUCACUCACCAAGCUGCAGAGGGACCUGCGGGCCUCACAUCCAGGUGUUGGAGAGCGGUGGAGGAGAGAGCUGCACAAGGUGGCAGCCACACUCGACCCUCGCCUGGACAGAGAGCCGCUCCGUCCUGCCACUCUCGUCUGUCCGGAGCACCACAACGGCACCAAAUUCGUGGUGGAGAAGUGCACAGGAGCGCCCCCGCUGAGGCAGGUGCUGAGUGUGGUGGUGGCAGCGAGGGGAUGGCAGCCCUCUAGGGUGUCACGGGUGGUGCGUGCCCUCAACUCCCACUACAACCUUACCAUCGUUCUCAUUCUCUCAGACGGUGAUCCGUCUCCCGUCACGGACAGAGCCGUUGUGGUGGUGAGACAGGACGCCGCCGUCAGCGACGGGAGGGCGCUGGACGACGCCGUCAGUAGAGUGACGACGCCAUAUGUGUUCCUGGGCGAGGGUCUGGGAGACUUCUCGUGGCAGCACUCGGCCCUGGGGCGGCUGGUGCGGGUGCUGGACCGUCUGGGCGGCCAGGGCGUGGCCGGCGGCAGCCACCGUGACCACCGCGGCCAGUGGCGCCACGGCUGCCUCCAGCGGUCACUCACCAACUAUCACGCCACCUUCCUGAGUGGCUACCAACACUCAGGUCAGGAGUGUAUGUACUGUGAUGACGUGUUAGGGCCAGUCCUGGCCAGCGUGGGCCUCGUGCACCGCGUGCCCUUCAGUCACGCUCUGAGUGGCCCCGCACUCUACCGUGACUGGCACACCAGAGUGACGCAGGCGGGCUACCUCACGCUAGCCUGCCCUGACGUCAUGUUCUUCCUGCAGGAGGAGGCUACGAUGGACGCUUCUGAUUGGCAAGCGUACGCCAGACAGUGGUCGCUCCAGACCAUCCAGGCCCACGACGGCGAGCAGUACAGCUUCACCUGCAGGGAGGUGGCCAUCAGCUGCUCUGAUCUCCGGAAGAAGAUCGCGUCGUACCUGGUGGCGCCGUGCUGCCGGGAGGCCAUCAUGGCCGGCAUCACCGUGCUGGACACCUUCGCGGGCCAGCACGGCCUGGCCUACGAGCUCCACCACGGCUCGCUCCUGGGCGCCGUCAAGCUGGCCGCCUUCCUGCCCUGGGACUUUGACCAGGACAUUUACUACGACUGCAAGGACCGGCGGACCUGGGAGUCCCUCAAUGGCUACCUGAAGGGCAGGAAAACCGGUUGUCACGUGAGGCUGUCGAGCGCCAGACGGCAGCUGGUGCUCCAGUGCGCCACCUUCUUCGUGGACAUGGUGUGCAGGUCGCCCCUGACGGGCCACAGCCUGCCGGCAGGCUACAGGAACGUGACGACCUGGGUGGAGUAUGGCGGGCGGCGGGUGAGCGUCAUGGCCAACCCUGGCGCCGCCGUCAGGGACCAGACGGGGCCCGAGAACCUGCGUCACGCCCAGCACUGGCGCGUCCCGGCACGACCAGCCGCUGGCGCCUGGCGGCCCUGUCACACGCCUGCCACCCAGGCCUGCCUCGACCACCACCCUGCGGACGGCAGCCUCGCCUUCUCUCACCCGCCAGUGUGUCUACCUUGACGCCUCUCCCUCAGUGAGGUGUCACGCUGCCUUCUCUCACCCGCCAGUGUGUCUACCUUGACGCCUCUCCCUCAGUGAGGCGCCACGCUGCCUUCUCAUGAACACUGUGAGAGUGACAGUGUAACAGCGUGACCGAAUGUGACAGCCACUCACAGACUGAACACACUACAAAUUGGGUUGUUAUAGCAGUGUAACAGUGAGUCUGACAGCUACAGUGUAAACGUGUGUGUGUACUCAAUUAGUUGUGCUUGCGGGGGUUGAGCUCUGGCUCCUUGGUCCCGCGUCUCAACCGUCAAUCAUCUGGUGUACAGAUUCCUGAGCCUACU